AUGGAGGGGACAGGAUGUGGCUUGCUGCUGCUGCUGCUGCUGCUGGGGCGCUGCGCUGCCAUCUACUCCCAAGGCACAGAUAUGGCUGGCGUCAUCGGGUUGAUGCGGUUCACCGAAAGAAGGCGACUGUCGUCGGGUAGCUGCAUCAUGCUGACCUUGUCCCAAAAGGAGCCGCCACUUGCUGGAGGUGUCGUUGUCUCGGCAGCUGAACCCCUGCGAGGCGAGCCAGCCAGAUGGCAGAGGAGAGAAAUGCGUCCGUCGGAAGCUGAAGACGCCGUCGGCCGGGAAUCGGGCUGGGCAAGGUCACUAGGACUUUGCGAUGCUGAGAAGGCACUGUGA